UCUCUUCCCAAUUCCCAUUAUAAAUACCCCCUGUCAAUUCUCCUUCCAAACCACACUCCAUUCUCUCUCUCUCCAACACACUACACACGCUCUGCGUUUUUCCCUUUCUCUCUCCUCGCUUUGUAUGGCCGCCAAUUCGAGUAGCCGAGGGAUCACCGCCUUGGGGAAGUGCGUCGCCAAACGGAUCUGGACCUCCAACUCUCCCUCUUCUCCUCUCACUCUCAGGGGGGGAGCAGCAGGAUACAGCAGCUCGGGGGUGUACGACAAGAACCCUGAUGAACAGAUCCACUCUGGACCGGUUCCAGACGAUGUGAUCCACGCAACCCAAUCCGGCAAAUACUGGGCCCCACACCCACAGACUGGGGUAUUUGGGCCUCCUGGUGACCAAGUGGGCUCUGCUCCUUCCACUUCCGCCAGCUUUCACUCUGAUGCUACUACUGGCUCUGUGCUCGAGGAGAAGGCCUGGUUUCGCCCCACCAGUCUCGAGGACUUGGAGAAGCCUCACUCCCUUCCAUAGUUUUACUUUUAGCUCAUAUCUAUGCGUGUAUAUUAUCUAAAUAAAGACACUAGUCAGAGUGCAAGAGUUGUGCUUCUCUGUACUGUACUUGGUGCUCAUCCAGCUUCUAAGUGUCCCUUGGACAUAGCUAGCUAGCUAGUCAUGAACAUGAACAUGAACAUGAACUACCUUAUGCAUGUAUGUUUCUUGUAUCUCUUUUCAUGCAACUUUAAUAUCAGACACAAUAUUAUGCUUA